GCAGUCUGCAUGGCGGGCGGAGCCGGGGACGGGAUGGCGGCGACAUACCGUGUGGUGGUGAGCAGCCUGAACUGCUACAGCAGCGUGGUGAUCGACAGGCGCUCCCAGCAUGCCGUGCAUUACUGCACCGGGCCCUGCCGGCUGAUGCGGCACGGGCUGGACUGCACGCCGGCACACAGCAGCGCCUGCUCCGAGCUGCUGGACUCCACCCCCGCCCCGCCCCCGGCCGCCGCCCCGCCCUCUGCCGCCCACAGGCUCCUGGGGAAAUUUUCAGCCUUUGACAGCGGAGUGUUUCCCCUGGCGGGCGGGGCCGAUUCGAUGCUGGAGGAGUGCUUCCAGGCCCUGCAGGGCGUGUCGAGGGCCAGGAAGGGGCUGGCCAUGCAGGCCUUCUCCAGCAGCCUGAAGGACAUCACGGGCGAGGCCAUCAACCUGGCCAGCGGGAAGGUGAAGGAGUUCUCCUCCGAGCGGCUCCGCCUCGCCCCAGGCCACGCCCCCUUCCGCCGGGGCAGGAAGGUGCGGCCCGACUCCUUCACCCGGCGCUCGGUGGAGCUCGAGGCCUUCUUCGGCCGUUUUGUCGGGAACGAGGAGAACCGGCCGCCCCUUGGCGGGUCGGCAGACGACCUCGUCACCGGGGGGAGCCUGGUGGCCCAGAUGCUGGAGAAGGCCAAGGCAGAGGGGGGCGGCGCGGUGCCCCCCGGCCAGGACAUCCACGCCUGCCUGGACAUCCUGCUGAAGUGCUCUGAGGACCUCAAGCGCUGCACCGACAUCAUCAAGCAGUGCGUCAAGAGGAGGGCGGUGGGCGGGGCUGACGGCUUUGGGGGCCCGGAGGUCCUGUACAGGGGCGCCCUGGCCCGGCUGUCGGGCUACCUGAAGAAGCUUCCGUGGGGGCCAGAGUGGGGGGGGCAGCCCUGGAGUGAGGGGCACCGUGACCUGGCCGACCUGCUCAGCAGCCUGCAGCACCCCUUCUUCGAUGGUGACCUCCCGCCCAGAUACGAGGACGUGGUCCAAUCCCCUCCAGCGCUCGGAGCCCCGCCUCCCUCCUCCUCCCCCGCCCAGCCUGAACUGCUAGGGCCUCCAGGGGACCCGGUGGUGAAGGUGGAGCCGGCCCCUGUCUCGCCCUCUGCUGCCCCCUCCUGUCCCGGCGGGGAACUGCAGCGGCGCAAAGCCACGGCCACCAUCCUGAUCAACCAGCCGGACAGCCUUUCCUUCACCAGCUCAGCGACGUGCAGCAUCGGCGGCAGGGCGGCGGAUUCGGGGGAGUCCCUGCACAUCCGGGAGGAGGCUGACGUCAGCGUGGAGGGGGGCAGGGAUGCUGCGGGGGGCAGGGAGGGCAGCAAGGCCCCCGCGGAGGUCAAGGACGAAACGGUGAAAAUGAACCCUGAGCGCCUGCCAACACAGCACAGCAGUGAGACGGGCGUGUCCGCUGGGGUCGCGGGCUCGGAGAUGAUGCCCCGGGAGGUCCCGGAGCAGGGCGAGUGCAGGGCUGACAAGGAUGACAUCGAUAAGCUGCUGUCCGACCUGGAGCAGCUCUCACGGAGCAUCGCCAAGGAGGCGGCUGCCAAAACCGCAGCCCCCGUGAUCAGGGGUCGUGGCCGGCAGACGGCUUCUCCUCGGCACUUAACCUUCGACCCGGGAAGUAAAACCCCGGCCCCCCCGGCCAGCCCGCCCCGGCCCCCCUCCACCGAGGACGGGGAUGGGGUGCUGCUGCAGAGGAUUCUGGAGAGCAUUGAGAGCCUUGCCCAGGAGCUGGUGGAGAGCGGGGCGGGGGAGGGGGCGCUGCGCAAGGAGCCGGAGGUCAUGAAGCUCCUGCAGGACACGCUGGCCGCCGCCAACGGCACGGCCGCAGCCAAUGGGGAGCCAGCAACGCAUGCUGGACCCGCCCCCACCCCCAUCCCCACGACAGACUCUGGCUCCACCCUGCUCAUCCAGCAGACUCCGGAAGUCAUCAGGAUCCAAAACAAGCCAGAGAGGGAAUCUGGAACCCCCCUUCCAGCGCCUGAUCCAGCCCCCACGCCGGAAUCCCCAAACCUCACACCUACCUGUCCUACACCUGCGCCUGGCUCCCUCACCCCAGAGAGGACCCUCACACCUCCCCCCCCUCUGGCAGAGAGAGAGGCAGCCCCCACCCCGGUCUUCCUAAACAUUCCACGCUUCUACGUCCCCGAUGGCCUUCUGCCGAACGACAGCGCCAACCUGGACCAGACCAUCGCCAGCAUCGAGGCGGCGUUCGCUGAGUUCGAGGAGGAGAAGGCUGACGUUCACCACAUGGGGAAGAUCGCAAAGGUGUGUGGCUGUCCUCUGUACUGGAAGGCUGCCCUGUUCCACGCAGCCGGAGGGGAGGAGACAGGAUCCGUCUCUGUCCGGGAGUUCAUCGCUACGUGGAGGAAGUUGCUGCACAACUGCUAUGACGACGCUACUAAGUUUGUCUACCUGUUGGCCAAACCGGGCUGCAAAUACCUGGAGCAGGAGGACUUUAUACCACUGUUACAGGACAUAGUGGACACGCAUCCAGGGCUGUCAUUUCUGAAGGAUGCUCCUGAGUUCCACUCACGCUACAUUACCACGGUGAUUCAGAGGAUUUUCUACACAGUCAAUCGCUCCUGGACGGGGAGGAUAACCAUGACGGAAUUACGAAGGAGCAACUUCCUGCAAACCCUUUCUCUGCUCGAAGAGGAGGACGACAUCAACCAGGUGACCGACUACUUCUCCUAUGAGCACUUCUACGUCAUUUAUUGUAAGUUCUGGGAGCUGGACACCAACCACGACCUCUUCAUCGACCAGAAGGACCUGGCCAGGUACAAGGACCAUGCCUCGUCAGACAGGAUAAUUGAGCGUCUAUUUUCUGGAGCUGUUAUGAGGGGAGGCUCCCUGCAGAAAGAAGGAAAGAUGAGCUAUGCUGACUUUGUAUGGUACCUCAUCUCAGAGGAGGACAAGAAGAACCUUACCAGUAUAGAGUACUGGUUCCGCUGCAUGGAUCUGGACGGGGACGGCGUCCUCUCCAUGUACGAGCUGCAGUACUUCUAUAAGGAGCAGUGUGAGCGCAUGGAGGCCAUGGGCAUCGAGCCGCUGCCCUUUAUUGACCUGCUGUGCCAGAUGCUGGACCUGGUCAAGCCGGAGCGUCAGGGUAAGAUCACCCUGGGAGACCUGAAGAGGUGCCGCAUGGCACACGUGUUCUACGACACCUUCUUUAACCUGGAGAAGUACCUGGACCACGAGCAGAGAGACCCCUUUACAGUGCAGAAGGAUGUAGACAGUGAUGCCCCAGAGCCCUCUGACUGGGAGAAGUAUGCUGCUGAAGAGUACGAGAACCUGGUUGCCGAGGAGACGGCAAGCGAGGCGGCACAGGAGGGAUCCUUUGAGGAUGAUUGUGAGGCUGGAGACUCGGCCGUCCACACGGAAACGGAACAUAAGACAGAAAAGACAGACCAGGUUGUCAUCACCAACCUGUCUGUGUGAACUGCGAGCUCCGCCCACUCCGUCCCGUUGGCUCUGUGUGGACCGCAAGCUCCGCCCCACUCCACCCCUGCUGUGUCUGUGUGGAUCGCAAGCUCCGCCCCCACACUGGAAAUUAUUCUUUUGCCCACUGUUAUGCACCAGAAGACUGCCUGAGCUCAGCAGAACUGCCUCCAAAUGACGCUCAG